UUGUCUUUACUCUUCUCUGCAACACAAACAUGUUUGAUUUACACAUAUGGGUCCAGUUCAUCCCUGAUGGAGAGGCUGAGAAGAGUAGUAGGAGAAAUAUUCUCUUCGACACCUACCAUGGAAGUAUAAAAGUCUUCCGUUCCACUGAACCACCGAUAUUAUCCAGUAACAAGCGUAGGGUUAUACAUCAAGAUGCAUCUUCCCUAUGUUGUUUUGGCGUCGGUUUUUCUGGCCUUUGCCUUAGUCGCAGGAGUCCCUGUGGAAGACGUGGAGACUGAAUCGCAGUCUGAAAAGCUCCUGGAUGAGCCAGCUACCACAGUUCAGGAUGGAGAAUCUUUGGAUGAUGAAGCUGUACGCUCCAAGCGAGGCCUUCUUGCCAAGGGUGCAUUGAUCGGUGGUGGAAUCCUUGGUGCUAAAUUGAUCGGUGCCAAAGUUCUUGGUGCUGGACUCCUAGGUGCUGGGCUCUACAAGGCAAAAGCAUUCAAGUACGGAGGCUACGGAGGCUACGGAGGCUAUGGAGGCUACGGAGGCUACGGAGGUCAUGGAGGAUACGGAGGCUACGGAGGUCAUGGAGGAUACGGAAGUAGCUAUGGGGGAUACCAUGGGGGAUACCAUGGGGGAUACGGAGGUGGUUACGGGCACGGAGGAUAUGGCAGUAGCUACGGAGGAUAUGACAGUGGCUACGGAGGUGGCUAUGGAGGAUAUGGGGGACAUCAUGGCUAUCACAGUCAGCCCUCCUAUUAUUCUUCAGGCUGGAAUUCUCACUAUGGAGGAUACGGUGGAGAUUACAGCUCUUGGUGAUGAUUUUGAAGAAGGAGAAUAAAUUCAACGACUCUGACUCGUCAGCGUCCAGUCAUUCCAUGCAGAUUGCUCAAUGUAACAUAAUCCACAUGUCAUUUUCUCAGCCAACAUAAUUUUUGCAUAAAGUUCAAUAAAAAUUGAUAAAGUAAUGAAAA